UCGUUUUCUUGCCCCGACCACAAGCAUCUCUUCCCGGCAAUUCCACCCACGACUCUUCCGUCUACCAUUCGCUGCAGCAAAAGAAGGGGCCGUCGCCAAACGAAGACCCGCGCGCGCCUAGUGGUGGUCAUAACUCAUAAAUCACGCUAGCUCCAGGUGCCGCUUGCUCAUCAAUGGAGGAACCAACGACGGGAACAACGGCGAUGAUGGUGCCAUGGUUGCUGCUUCUCUGCAUCACUGCUGCUGCCACCAGCGGGGCACUGCAAGCUCAUGCCCAGCUCGACAGCAAUGCUGCAGGUUUUAUAAGCAUAGACUGCGGUCUUCUAGGGCAAACAGGCUACGUGGAUGACACCACCACGCUAUCCUACACCACGGACGCCGGCUUCAUCGACACCGAUGCCGGCGUAAACCACAACAUUUCCGCUGAAUACAUUACUCCCUCGACGCCCAAGAGCUGGCACAGCGUGCGCAGCUUCCCCAGUGGCUGGCGCAACUGCUACACUCUCAGCUCACUUGUGUCCGGAAGCAAGUACCUUAUCCGCGGCAAGUUCUUGUACGCCAACUACGAUGGCCUCAACAGGCUGCCCAUCUUCGACCUCUACAUUGGCGUUAACUUCUGGACAACGGUGAAGAUCUCAAAAGCCGACGCACCGGUAUUUACGGAGGCCAUCAUGCUCGUGCCGGAUGAUUCCAUGGAGGUUUGCUUGAUAAACACUGGCGGCGGGACGCCCUUCAUCUCAGGCCUGGAUCUGAGGCCGCUGAAGAAGAAGCUCUACCCAUUGGCCAACGAGACACAGGCCCUGGUCCUGCUACACAGGUUCAACUUCGGACCCACUGAUAGCCACACCAUUAUCAGGUACCCUGAUGAUCCGCACGACCGGAUAUGGUUUCCUUUUGUCGACGUGGAAAACUGGGUGGAAAUAACAGCGGAGAAGGAGGUAAACAUUGAUGACGAGUUCUUCGAGCCGCCCCAAGAAGUGAUGCAGACGGCCAUCACGCCGCGGGACGUCUCGGAGAACAUAGAGUUCACCUUGGACAUCCAGAGUUUCCCCAGGGACCAUUCGCUGGGGUACGUCCAUACGGUGUACUUCUGUGAACUUCAAGAAUACCCCAGCAGUAAUGCACUACGGCAGUUCUACAUCUACCGGAAUGGCGUGCUAACGAACCUUCAUUUCUACAAGCCGCCAUACCUUGCCAGCGGUUUUGUGAACUCAGUUAAGCCCUUUCAAGCCAGCCAGUACAAGAUCUCCCUCGACGCCACUGCUAAAUCGACGCUGCCGCCCAUCAUAAAUGCCAUCGAGCUAUUCUCCGUCAUCUCAACCACCACCGUGGGCACCAACUCACAGGACGUAUUUGCCAUAAGAGCCGUCAAGAAGAUGUAUCAGGUGCAGAAGAACUGGACGGGUGAUCCGUGCCUUCCCAAGGCACUGAGCUGGGCGGGCUUGACCUGCAGCUAUAACGGUUCCAGACCUCCAACAAUUAUAAUAGUAAACAUGUCCUUCUAUGAUCUCCAUGGUGGUAUAUCUCCUGACUUCACAGCUCUCAAGAACCUUCAAUCCAUGGAUCUGUCAAACAAUAACUUGACAGGAUCAAUUCCAGACGCCCUUUCGCAGUUGGAGUCAUUAAAAAAUUUAGAUCUCUCGAACAACAAACUGAAUGGACCAAUUCCUUCAGGACUUCUCAAGAAAGUUCAAGAUGGCUCCUUGGAUCUGAAAUAUGACAACAAUCCGGAUAUUUGUACUAAUGGCACCUCAUGUCAGCCUGAAGGGGGCAGUAAAGUAGCCAUCUACAUAGUUGUUCCUGUAGUUGUGAUUGUGGUGUUACUACUAGUGGUAAUGCUAUACUUUUGCUUGCAAAGGAAAAGAAAGCAAGGAUCAAUUAAAAACUCAGUAAAGCUAAAAAAUGAUGGUGAUGGGACUUCUCAAGAAAGUUCACUUGGACUUGAGAGCCAUCGGUUCACGUACAGGGAACUGGAGACGAUAACGAACAACUUCCAGCGAGUGCUUGGUCGAGGAGGAUUUGGGCGUGUCUUCCACGGCUCCCUGGAAGAUGGCACUCAGGUAGCAGUAAAGCUGAGGUCUCAUUCUUCAAACCAGGGUGUCAGACAGUUCCUUGCAGAGGCUCAAGUUUUAUCACGUAUUCAUCACAAGAAUCUUGUGUCCAUGAUUGGUUACUGCAAGGAUGGGGAGCACAUGGCACUUGUCUAUGAGUACAUGCCUCAAGGAACCCUACAAGAGCACAUUGCAGGAAAAGACAACAUCAGACGAGCUUUACCCUGGAGACGAAGACUCCGAGUCGCACUUGAAUCUGCCCAAGGGCUAGAGUACCUACAUGAGGGCUGCAACCCACCUCUAAUUCAUAUGGAUGUCAAAACUGCCAACAUCUUGUUAAACGAGAGACUAGAGGCCAAGAUUGCCGACUUUGGAUUGUCCAAGGCUUUCAAUUGCCACGAUGACACCCAUGUAUCCACCAACACGCUUGCCGGCACACGCGGAUAUGUAGAUCCAGAGUAUCAUAGAACAUGUCAGGCGUCAACCAAGAAUGAUGUGUACAGUUUUGGUGUUGUGCUGCUAGAGCUAGUCACGGGGAAGCCAGCCAUCCUGCCCGACACCGAGGCCAUCAGCAUCAUCAAUUGGGCACGACAGCGGCUUGCGCGGGGUGACAUUGAGGGCGUGGUGGACACGCGUAUGCAAGGUGAUCAUGACAUCAAUGCUGUUUGGAAAGCUACAGAGAUUGCGCUCAAGUGCACCGAGCAAGUGCCCCUACAGCGGCCCUCCAUGGCUGAAGUUGUGAUGCAGAUACAGGAGUGCCUUGAUCUCGAGGAGGACUGCACAGGACGUGAUGAUGAAUUCUACACCGGCAGUAGUAGUGUUGGCAUGGACCCAAACAUGGGUUACAACGCUAGCACUAACCGGUGCACUGAUCUGAGGCAGAACAACGCUACGCUUGAGAUAGAGUAUAAUCAUCGGAGAGGGCCACAAAUGGAUACUAGUCCUAUGGCGACACGAUGAAGACAUCCUUGCCAAUCCAGUCUAAUAGUCACCAUGAUUUCUCUUCUUUCAAGAUUAGAUUUCUCUGAAAUUGUUUUAACAUGUUUUUGUUUUUGCGUACCUAGGUGAGUAAUGUUCUUGCCAUAUGAAUUGUCUAGUUUAAAAAAAUCUGGAUAAUGAGAAUAUUUGCUAUGCUAGGGUUAACCGAUUAAUUUAA